AUCUUAGGAUAUUCGUUGUGUUGAACGGUUCAUAUCGCCAUGACAACAUGUAUCGUUUGUUUUCCUAAUGGAACGAUUAAAACUGUCAAUAUUGACAGCAAUGCGUACUUAUCCUUAUAUAAUUCUGUAAAUAUUUUUGAACAUAAUUGUCCUAAUGGCCAUUGGUGCCGUUAUACGGCUCCAUGUUUGGAAGGCAAUGUCUUAGCUUCCAUUCUAGAGUCAAUUUUUUUGUUGCCCAGGGACAGAUUCAGGAUUACAUCAACGAAUGGUCUUUCUUUCCGGAGCUCUGUGAACCAUUCAGAUUUUUACGAUACUAACACGGCACAAAAUAAAUCUUAUCUACGUUAUAUUCCAGAUUCAACUAUUGAUGACGGAAACAAAAACGCAUUGCGGAGCGUUUCUAAUGACUCAUUUAGAUUUAAGGAUUCGAUAACAAUCAAUGUUACUUUCAGACUACUAGGAGGUAAAGGAGGCUUUGGUGCUCUAUUAAAGGGGAAAGGUCAACGGAAAAAACAAAGUUCUAACAUAGAUUCUUGUAGAACUCUAACGGGUGAGAGAGUUCGUCAAACUCGGCUUAGAAAUCUAAUACAGGGGCAGCGUGAGAAUAGAUCGGUUCAUGAUGCUGCAAAGUUACCGCCACAAAGCGUGGAUACGGAUGAAGGACCCGAAGCUUUGCCCACAUCACCGCACCAAUUUACGAUGAAGCACGAGACGAACAAGCGAAAAGAAUUGCGACGGAUAACUAACACUAUCACAAAGGGUUUGAUUAAUAAUAUGCCGACUUCAGAGCAAACAGCGAAUGCUUCAGAGGUAGAAAAGGAGUUGGACGAAAAAAUCCACUCCUGUUUCGACAUAUAUGAGUUACGUUAACAUCAUAUCAAUAAAGUUG